UUAAUAAAGAAAAUACUCUCUUAUGAAAAAUUCUGACUUAUUUUUGGCGAUAUGUAACCCCUAGAAUUAAAAAAUAAUAAUUUUCAGGGGAAUCCUCUCACUGUCGAAUGACGAGAUAAAAUGCAAAUUUCCCGCUUUGGGCGCAUGCGCAAGAAUCUAGGUUUGUAGAACGUAAACAGAAGCGACGGAAACAUGGCUUCCGAAGCCAAGAGAUAUCGGCCUAAAACUGUUACGACUUCGGCAACAAAGCGCCGUAAACAGAAAUGGUCACAGGACAACCCGGUCGUACGACUUGGGAAGCAACACACUAGGUGGAAGUCAUUUAAAGAAGAAAAUGGUUGCUCUACAAACGAGAAUGCAGCACGGAUUCUUCUGGAUAAGUGGUACACUUCAGUGACGCAAGAACUUGCAGGUGAAGACAUCUCCACACCAGUUGGAACUUCUAUGGGACCGCCAUCAAAUCUGUGCACCCCUACACCAGUAACAUCUACGCCUGCACAUGCCCAUAAAGAACAUAUAGAUAGACCUGUACAAAUGUCCGAUGUCUCAGAUAUAGAGUAAGUUCUUGGAUCUAACUAUGUUGGAUUUAU